UGCGCAAUGACGCUGACGAGAGAAAAAAAAUUGUGAAUGAAACUGCAAUCAAAAGAUUUACACAAAUGUCGUCGACGGCGAGAUGGCGGAUUUUGACGAUUUAAAGCACAUGUUGAUGAGUUUCCGAGUCUCCGAACUCCAAGUGCUCCUAGGGUAUGCAGGCAGGAACAAGAGUGGCCGCAAGCACGACCUCCAGACCCGGGGCCUAGCCCUCCUCAAAAACGGCUGCAGCACCUCCGUCCAGAUCAAAAUCCGGGAACUCUACCGGCGCCGCUUUCCUAGAAGACUGAUCAACCCGCCCCAGUUCAUGCCGGGCAUGUCCGAUGGGGCCGGGUCGGGGGCCACAGGCACUCACACCCACCAUAGCGUGAGCAGCAACCCCCCGCUCCCGUCCUACCCAACCGCUAUGAAUAUGCAUCAGUCGGUGCCCCACGAACUGUUAGGUGCCGCUUGCCAGCCGCAGCCGUUCCACCCGGACGUCAAGCUGAAGUCGUUACCCUUCUACGAUGUGCUCGGGGAGCUUGUCAAACCAACGGGACUCAUGCCUCCAGUUGGAAGCAAGUUUCGGGAGGUGCACAGAACGGUGUUUUUCCACUUCACCCCGGCACAGACGCAACUAAUUGUGGAGCAACGAGCACAAGUGCAAUUAAGGUUUUGUCUGGCAGAGACGAGUUGCGAUCAGGAUGACAAGUUUCCAGCCAGCGUCUGUGUCAAAGUUAACGGCAAACUCUGCCCUUUGCCACCGUUCCUGCCACAAACAAAAGCAGGGACAGAGCCCAAGCGGCCUAGCCGACCUGUCAACAUCACGCCCCUGACGCGGUUAACUCCUACCUCACCCAACCAAGUAGAUGUCCAGUGGAUCCCCGAGAUUGGCAGGUCUUACUGUGUGGCAGUCUACUUAGUCAGACAGCUUUCGGCAGAGAUUCUUUUCCAGAGAUUGAAGGGCAAUGGAGUCAGGAAUGCAGACCACUCCCGAGCUCUCAUCAAGGAGAAGCUGUCCCACGACCCCGAGAGUGAGAUAGCCACCAUGAGCCUACGGGUCAGCCUGAUGUGUCCGCUGGGUAAGAUGCGUAUGUCCACCCCCUGCCGUCCCAUCACCUGCUCCCACCUGCAGUGCUUCGACGGCGUGCUGUACCUCAAGAUGAACGAGAAGAAGCCCACGUGGAUCUGUCCUGUCUGUGACCGCAAAGCACCGUUUAAAUCCAUCAUUAUUGACGGCUUGUUCAUGGAGAUUCUGAGCCACCGAACGCCAAGUCUUGAGAUCCAGUUCUUGGAAGACGGGUCAUGGCAGCCCUUGUCAGAGAAGAAGCGCACCUACAGCUCAGUCAUGAACAUCAGCGGCAUGUCUGAUGGGGAGGGCUCGACGCCCAGCAAGAGGUCCAACGUGGAGUGCAUCGAUCUGACCAACUCCAGCUCAGACGAGGGAGACGAGACAGAGGAGGAAGUCAGCAGCGACACGGACUCGGAGGAGGAGCUCAUUCCUGUGCCAAGACCCCAGCAUCGCGCCGGGACAAUGCGCGUCCAGGAUGAGGACGAACCCGAAGUCCGCCUCCCAGACGCUAGCAUCAUCUCCCCAUCGCCCAAGUCACCUCCCCCGCCGCUCACCAUGGGCAAUAAACGGGGUUCUCCGCUCAGGUACCCCCUAGACUACACCCUGUGCCCGCCCAUGCCCACGUCGCAUCACACUAACAGCCUACCCUCGGUGGAUAUGGGCCCCACGUCGCAUUCCCAGCUGGGCUUGUUUGGAGACUACAGUUCCUUUCUGCCCAUGCCGCCCUCCUUGUCUGGUACAGACUACCCGAGCGGUAUGGAUCUAUACUCUUUACUACAUACUGAAUCACAGUCACAGUACAUGCCCCAGCUGUCCUACAUGGAUCACCUAGCCACCUCAAGCGGUAGCCUGCGCAGCGCUAGCAGCCUCAGCACCGUAGCCAGCAACAGCUCGGGUACCAGCCGAGCGGCCAGCAACGGCAGCAACGCCAGCGGCAGCGGGGGCGCCGGCGGCUACAGCCUGUCGGACGUCAUCGCGCUGGAUUGACAGCAGGACCCCAGUCCCGCCGAGGCUAGAUCUACUAGACCGACACCGAGAGCGGCUGGGCCGGGGAACUACGUAGCCUCAACUUACGCUAGUAGUAGCGGUAGUAGUCUUUACCAGCAUCACCGUCUGCACCAGCACCCACUUUACUACAACAGCACCGACCCCCAGGUCUAUCUGAGCAACUACACUAGCAGUUACCUCUCUGAGCUCAGGUAGUAUCUGGCUUGUCUGAGAGUUGUAUCUCCUUUCUUAGAGAGACUUUUCCAAAUCACAUCUUCGUCUCUGUCUGUGGCGUAAUCACUGGCUCGUAAAGCACUAUGUAGUCCAUGCACAAGUAUCCCCACAACGGUUAUCAAGGGAGAGUUGGGGAGACCACUGGGAGAUUCAUGCGAACAAAUUGCCGACGGCACCUCAUGCGCGGCUUUGUGCAGAUUCAGAUUGAACUUAGCUGUGCGCAAUUCGCACAAAACACGGCGAGACAGCAUGCACAUGCGGCGUCGCAUGCAGCCCCUCCCAGCAAGCUUUUCGACAGUAGUUACAAAUGCGCCAUCUACCGGCACAGAGUCAAUAGAGCAUUUAAAUUUUCAAACCGAGUGGAAAUACUCUUCAAUUUCAGCCUCACAAUAUUGAAUUUUACGUUCAUGUUUCCAAAUCGGAAUGUGACUCAAUAUGGAGAUGGAGUUCGGUCAUGUUCAGGGGCAUGAGCCGCUGCUGGAGACGGAGUCGGGUUUUGGAAAACACAUAUGGUGUGUUUUUUGGGGGGAUUUUCUUUUUUAUCAGUCACCAUGUGUUCUGUACACGGUCGUAGAGUCUUUAGCCUGUACCCUAAGGGCCCGUCUCGAUGCAUAUUUGGGACGAGUUCCGGAUAAGUUGCGGAUAUUGUAUCUGGUAUAAGUUGCAGGACUCCGAACAACUUCCCUGCAAUCUUCCUGCAAAGAAGUUAUCAGUGUUGGUGAGUCAAGCAGUUGCUAAUGACAAAAUUCUCCAGAACAUGUCCGGGUACAAAUGCAGAGCUUCUUCCGGAGAAAGUGAAUGAUUCUACCCACAACUUGUCCGGAACUCGUCUCGGAUAUGAAUUGAGACAGGCCCUUAAUGUGGCAGCUCUCAAAACGUUGGAAGCACUGCCUUGCCUUAUCGUAAGGAGCUGAGAUGGACUUCAUUGAAAUUUGCAAAGCUGAAAAAAAGGCAGGGAGCAAAAAAUCAAGCCAGCAAGUCACUUGGAAAGGUGUUUAAGACUCUUGCUUGUCAGCAUGUUUAAUAGUGAAUUUGUGUUAGCAAUUGUUUUUUUGUGACCCUGAAAAGGAAUACGAUAUUUCCCCUUGUAGGGAUCGCAUAUGCUGUCUUACUGUAUGCGCUUUUGCUAUUGCCACUAGACAAAUAUGAACCAUGUUUUUAUUAUUUUUUUGAAUUGCACCGUGAAGAAAGAAGUAGAUAUUGUCUUAGAGUUUUAGGAUCCACGUUAGAUUUGUCUGUGGGUUUUUGUUUUAGAGUCUGUGACUGGUUUUUCUUGUGUUGUAUUUAACCCAACAUGACAAUAAGUUAAAAAAAAUAUUUGUAUAAAAAAAAGACAAUUUGCCAAAGCAGCACGGCAGGAGAUAAAGUUAGUCUCCAAUACCAGGCGUCUUUGUUUUCGCUUCAGCGCAGAGCCUUGCUUACAGAAUGCAGUCUUAAACAGCAGGUGCACACAGCAGGCUGGAUUUUUUUUUUAAUUCACCAUCAAAGAAGAUUGCACAUAAGCACCCCCUUUUGUUUUAGCAGGGACAGAUAUAUGUAAAUAUGUGCCCGAACACCCUCUUAAUAAUUUUUUUUUUGUAUUUUAUUAUUUUUAAUCCUCUCUCCUUUCACUUUAAUAUUGGUGAUAUAUUUGUUUUUAAUU